GUCAAAAUGCAUCCAUCGCAGUGAGUGAGUGAAGUGGUUGGCGUGCGAUCAAAACAGAAAUUUUUCCAUCGCUUCUUUUUAUGUUUUCUUGUGCAUUUGUGGAUUUUGUGCAAAAAAUAUUGUGUUUUUGGUUCAAGUUCGACAGCUGAAUGUAGCUGGCACAGAAACCACGUAGUGAAUCAGUGCAGCGCUUGCUGGAAUUUGUGUAAAUUGCGUUUAUUUUUUUGGCCAACAAGCUGCGUAAAUUUGAGAAGCAAUAAACGCUCAACAUAGGGAAGUGAUUGUUGGCAGAAUCAAGAAAACAGUUUGCGCUGCUGGCAUCAGGUAAAUCCAUCAUCAUCGUCAUCGAAGAAAUCAAGCAAUGCAAUCGGAUGGGCAUGACCGGGACAACUGCGCCGCUGCCGGAAUCGACCCCGUCGAAUGUGACAAUACACUGCAUCAUCCGUCCAGCAGUAGUGCGGCUGGCACUGCCACGGGCUCCGGUUCGGCCAAUGUUCGGUCCCGGGUGCGCUACUGGCUCAACGACAUCGUCGAUGAGAUGCGCAAGAAGAGUCCCGCCUCGGUCCAGAAAUGGGUCGACUCGAUACAGAUCCCUGGCCAGGCCGGACCCAGUGCCGAACCGGGGACAUCCUCGGCCGAGCUAGCAGGAGGGUCACACCACCAUCACGACGCCUAUGCGGCUGAACCGUCCGGCUUAGCCGAAUCGGGCGGCGAAUCCGGUUCCGAGCUGGAUCGCGAAAGCAAUGAAGAUGUACUUAGGGUUGAUGUUCCUGUGUCUACUACCUCCGACGAGGAGUUUAUGCCCUCCACAAGUCCCCAAGUGGAACACCGAAGCGACGCCGGUUCGGCCAUGUCCAUAAAGAGUUUGCUCUCGAAGAAGAGCCUACUGGAGAAGUUUAGUCGCAGUCACACCAAUCUGCAGGAACAGGAGUUGGCUGGGCAAGACUCGGUUGACCAUCCAGCGGAGGAUGAACCGCGCAAAAGCGCGUCGCUGGCCUCCAUCGGUAAGAUCAAAAUCAACGAGUUCUAUGACAAGCUUAGCAUGAACAAGGCAAAGUACAAUCUGAUGAAGGCCAAGAAGAUCGACAUCCGUAACAUGCUUGGGGCUGGUAAGGACAGUGUCGCAAAGCAAAGAGAACAACCGGAACCGGAAGUUUUGAGGCCUGAUGAAGAAAAGGAAGACAUGGAAGCAACUGUUGUGGAGUCCAUUACCGUGGAAGACGGGAGUGACUUGAAGCAACAACAAUCAGAGGCAAGCAGCAAGCUCAGUACCGGAGACAUUUAUGAGUUUUCAUUCGAUGAAUCGUUCCCGAAGGACGAAGAUCUACCGGACGUCAGCGAGGACGAAGAGAAGGAAAAUCUGGAACUGCCGACGCCGGUGUACGACACCUACUUGAACCCACCGAAGGCGUAUCACCGAAUGGGUAUCGGUAAGAUUGGUCGCAGUUCGAGUGAAAAUCCUCGCGCCAACAACAAGCGCUAUAAUCUGCUGGACAUCGGUCGGAGUUUCAGCGAAAUGAACGAUGACGACAAUUUCGUGAUCAGCGAGUGCAAUAACAGUUGUCCUAAUCCGUCGUCGCUGAACACCAGUUCCAGCAUCAACAACAGCAGUAGCAACAUUCUGGCACGGUCCGUUCCGGUCAGUCCCAUCCCGAGGACGUCCAGCAAGAUUAGUAUUCAACAGGAGAGCUCCCUAGCGGAAUCGCCUCGACGACGAAGCGCCAUGCUGAUGAAGGAAAGCUCGCUGCAGUCCGAUUCCAGCCGAUGCUCCAGCGUUGAGAGCCUGUUGAAUGCUCGAAAGCCGGACCCCGAACGGAUACUGUUGAAUUUGGGUUUCGGGCCGGCACCCCACAGCACCGAUGUUCUGUCAAAGAUUCCCAAAAGAUUCCUCAAGCCAUCGCAAGUGCGGGGCGUCGAUACGGAAGCCUUUCUGCGCCAACAGCAACUGUCAAUGCACAUUCACGAGAAUAGCGUACUCGGCUAUCGUGGAUUGGUUGGAAACCCUCACAUUCCACCAUCGAUGAUAGUCGCCAAAAUAAUGGAGCGUUUCCAGGAGAACGAACGUGGCCGACUGGUACGCACUAGCACCCUGGCUUACGGAACCUCUGUCGAAAUGUCCACCUCAGCACCCACCGGUGGCGGCGGCAUCGGCCUAGGAGGGGUAGGAAUAGGAGGCCACAUCGAAAGCCGUAACUCGUCGGGGCCCCCCUCGCCAAUCCUAAUUCCGCGCCAUGCAUCUCUUGCCUCAGAAGGACGGGUCUAGCUGUUUUUUCCGGUCCCUCUUGUUUUUUUUGUUUCCCUCGAUUUUAAAAGGGUAGACUUAGCUAUCUCUAAAAGACUUUAACUAUAUUAUUAUAUACAAUGGGCGUCAUGCCCGACACACUGAAACGAGCUUCGGAAUCUUUCCACCACUAUAUACUUAAUUUUGUGGUUUGAUAUAUCAAAUCAAAGAACUUUUAUACUGUACUAUUGCAUUCUAGAUCACCUAUCUCUCGUAACAUUCCUUUACAUCCUUGAUGCAGUGGAUUUUGUUUGUUUUCGGACAAUUUUUCUGUAGCGUUUGUGAAUUUAAUGUAAAUUUGUCCAUGAAUAUAAAUUCGUAAAUGAAUUACUUCUUGACAAUAUUCUUGUUGAACCUACUUCUAUGGUAGGAUUAUGAGUUAGGAUUUGUUUUUAAGUUAGUGGUUCUCAGUAAAAUCGGAAAAUUUCAACAGAAAAUCUCAAAGGAAGUACAUAAACGAUUUAGCUUCGGUGUAAAUUUGUCCGAACAUAAAGAAGAUCCUGCGCAGCCGACAAACCAGACACACUCAGUAUUCUACAUCUGGAUGAUGAUGACUAAUAUUUUUGAUAGUAAUUCCCUCUAGGAAACAUUUACACACCCUUUGUGAACCCCUAUGACAAUGCGUGGUCCCGUAAAACUUAUGACAGAAAUAAAAAAAAAAAAGACAAAAAUCCGCGGAAAUAAAGCUUUAACCGUUGUUGUUUAGGAAACAGAACUGCACAGACACAUAUCUCUUUGUACGUACAUACCUACUUGGGAGCAGGCCAAGUUUUAUGACUUGUUGCAAUAUCGACUGUUAGAAAAGAAACAUUCAAUCGACUUUUAUACUUAAACUACUAGAUAUGGCACUCUCUUGAACUUUUUAACAUUCGCAAUUAUCUACAUAUGAAAACCUUUGAAUCGUUAAAAAUUAACUUUACUCAGUAAGAUUUAUCGUACAUAUUACACUUGUGGGACGUAACUAGCUCUUUCUCUUUUUUUGCACCAAAUCCGUUACGGCGUACCUACGUCCUUCUAUGUAGCUCAGCCUUCUUAGCCGAUGACAAGUGAAAGCUAUAAAUCGUUAGAAACAAAGAAUCUCUGUCAAAUGAAGAAUAUUCGUUUUUUUUUUUCGAAGACACAUUUAUUUAUAGACGAUGAUGAUGUAGAAGAUAAAUUUAGGCUCAAAAUAAGCAAUCAUUGUUGAGAAUUA